CAACAUACAACCGAGAGCGAAGAAUCCUGGCAAUUACAGCUAAAAGGUGGGAAAGUCCGUCAAUAAAGACUACCCCGCCACACCCCGCACUUAGUCUACUGCCCCACUAUCGAAGUUCAAGGACCCUCCCCACAUGAAGUCGGGAAUCCCCCACGCAGAACAACAGGAGGUUAAGGGUGAUUGAUCAAUGGAGAGAGUGGGAGCCGAUGAGUAAAGGAAUUGUUUCCGCUGUUGUACAUGAGCAAUUUGAAUAGAUUGCUGUUUGCCUCUUCAAACUUGAUUUCGACAACAAAUUGUCAAAAUGUCCAGCUCUUCCAGAAUUCCAACAUUGACAACAACACACAGCGGGGUUCCUGCUCGUUUAAAGAACGAAGCAGAUGCAGCAAAAGAGAGGCUUUAUUCAUUGAAAACAUUACCCGACAGUGUUCCUCGGAAGAGCAAUGUCAAACUUCCUCCCAAUACCAGUCAAGAGACACUCGACGCAGCAAUUACAGCGUUGACGAAAUUUCUCGGAAAAGAUGGGGUCGAGAUAAAUAAUAAGCCGCUGGUGGAUGGCUGGUACAUGGAGCAUCCCAAUACUCACGAUGCCUAUCAUGUCAUCGACCAAGAAGAGAUGGUGUGCUCUGCAAUCACCUAUCCGUCUUCGACGUCAGAAGUUCAAGCCAUUGUGAAAUGGGCGAACGAGUAUACAAUUCCCAUCUGGCCAAUAUCUAUGGGUCGAAACAUCGGAUACGGUGGCGCUGCACCUCGAGUUCCUGGCUCUGUAGUUGUGGAUCUUGGGAGGAACAUGAACAAAGUAUUGAAAAUUGAUGGGGGAAAUGCUACCUGUAUGGUUGAGCCUGGUGUGAGUUACUUCAAGCUGUAUGAGGAGAUACAGAAAACAGGCUUGCCGCUAUGGAUCGAUACUCCCGAUUUGGGAGGCGGCAGUGUGUUGGGAAAUGCGAUUGAUAGGGGUGUGGGAUAUACUCCAUAUGGAGACCACUUUGCCAACCGUUGCGGAAUGGAAGUCGUCCUUCCCGACGGUUCAUUGCUCCGCACAGGGAUGGGUGCGCUCCCGGGAAAGAACGGAGAAGACAACCCAACCUGGGAGUCUUUUCAACAUGCGUAUGGCCCUUCCAUCGACGGGAUUUUCAGCCAGAGCAAUUUCGGCAUCGUGACCAAGAUGGGAUUCUGGCUUAUGCCCGCCUCAGGCCAUCAAUCGUACAUGAUAACCUUUCCAAGAGAAGACGACUUCCCCCAAAUCGUGGAAAUCAUCAGGCCAUUGGCUCUGAAAAGAGUUCUCGGUAACAUACCACAGCUGCGACAUGCGAUUCAAGAGCUCGCUGUAACAGGACAGCCUCGAACAACUUGGUACAACGGCCCUGACCGAUUUCCAAGAGAAGUUGUGAGAGAGGGCGUCAAGAAACUCCCAGUGGGCGAUGUGUCCUGGGUCUUCUACGGAACUCAAUAUGGCGACGAAGCAUCCAUAUUCUCGCAACUGGAAAUUAUAAAGUCCGCUUUCCUCUCCAUACCAGGCAGCAAAUUCUAUCUUCCUUCCGAGCUUCCAUCAGACCACUACAUCCACUCUCGAGUCUCAGUCUGCAGCGGAGUCCCAGUGCUCAAAGAACUAGAUUGGCUGAACUGGAAACCCAACGCUGCACACCUAUUCUUCUCCCCCAUCGUGCCCACCUCGUCCUCUCACGCCAAAAUCAUCCACACCCUGAUCGACCGCCUACACGAGAAAUGGGGCUUCGACACCUUUCCCACGAUCUGCGUUGCAGGUCGCGAGAUGCACUACAUCGCCAACAUAGUCUACAACCGAGCCAACGAAGACGAGAAGCGGCGUGCUCGAGGAUUGAUGCGUGAGAUGAUAAGUGAAGCGGCGAAAGAGGGGUUCGGGGAGUAUAGAACGCAUUUGUUGUUUGCGGAUCAAGUCGCGAAAACGUAUGGGUGGAAUGGAGGGGCGUUGAGGAGGUUUAAUGAGACGAUUAAGGAUGCGUUGGAUCCGAAGGGGAUACUUGCUCCUGGAAGGAAUGGAAUUUGGCCGAAGAGUUAUAGGGGGAAGAGGUGGGAGCUGGUUGGGGAGGAGGCCAAGAAAAGUGUUAAGGCGAGGUUGUGAGGUGGA